UUCUCUCUUCAUAAUGAAUUGAUUUUGACCCUACGAAGCCCAGAACUUCUCUGGAAGCUCCCACCCACUCUUAGAGCUCUGUAUAAAGGCAGGCAAGGCAGCCGGAAUAGCAGAGACGCUAAGAAUAGCCUAGCAGCUACCUAGUGCCUCGCCGAAGCCCAUCUGCACACUCCACUAUGAAAGUCUUCACUGCGUUUCUGUGCCUGCUCCUCACAGCCUCUGCUUUCAGCCCCCAGGCAUUUGCUCAGCCAGGUGCUGUCCCAAUCACCUGCUGCUUUUCUAUGACCAGUAAGAAGAUCCCCAUUCAGCGGCUGAAGAGCCACAGAACAAUCACCAGCAGCAAAUGUCCACAGACAGCCGUGGUCUUUAAGACUAAACUGGACAGAGAGAUAUGUGCUGACCCCAAGAAGAAGUGGGUUCAGAACUCCAUAAAGUACCUGGACCAAAUAUCCCAAACUACAAAGCCAUCAUCACCUUUGUGAGCCUGCAAACCAGAGCCUGAGAGAUGUUUGAUGUAUUUUUCCUUCCUAAAAUAAAGUAAUAUUGUAAUUCCCAAAAGGGAUGAAUUUUAUUUAGUAAUUUUUUAAAAUGAAUUACAUAAGUUAUUAGAGUCUUUAAAUACAUCUUAUAUGAAUAUCAAUUAUUUUAAACAUGUGAACCUUUGAGAGGAUCCCUUACCCUCUGCAAGCUCCAAUCCCAUCUCCUGCCAAGUACAGGCAGUGUGACUCCCAGAAUCCUGGAAACUCUCUUCUAUACCUCCCUGGAAUCUUGAAGAGUCCUAGAUGAGAUGAUCUGUGUGAGAACAACUUGUAAUUUUAGAUGGACAUUGCUCUUAGGAACCCAAUGUGUAAUUCAUACUGAUAAAUGAAAAUAAAUGCUGUUUACAGA